AUGGAAAGUGGUCGUAAGCGAGAUGGAUGGUUGCUACUGACGUCCGUCAUAUUAUUUGCCCUGCUUCUUUAUGGAUCUGUGGACAACACGAUGAUGCAGGGAAUGGAAUCAGAUUCACCGAAUGUCGUGCAAAACAAGACCAUCAAUGCCAAUACGGGAAAAGGUGCUACAGCGGCAACUCCAGCGACAUCGCCACCCACAAAAAAAGAAUUCGUUGAGGAAGAGGGAGACGGGAUUCGCAUUUUAUGUUUUGGAGACUCGUUGACAGCGGGGUUGAUUGGAAUCAACAAUCGCCAAUUCCGACCAUAUGCUCCAUACUUGGAAACUAACUUGGGGAAGCUUCAACGAAAAUCCAAGGACAAUGGUAUUGUACGCCCCGUCCAUGUCAACUACACCGGUCAUCCGGGACUUACAUCUUACUACCUAAUGCAUGGGAGUGAAGCUCAUCCAUCAAACUUGAACAGUACAUUGAACGAAUUCAAAGGAGACGAUGGGACAUCAUCUUUGGAUAUGGUCAUUAUCAUGGCUGGAACCAACGACUUGUUUGCCCAAAGCUGGCUCGACUACAGUAUAUCUGAAUCGGUGAUAUCCAUGCAUCGGCUAGUGUUGGAUGAACACAAUAUUCCAUUGACGAUCGCUUUGGACAUUCCAGGGUCAGGACGUUUUGAGGAUAAGAAAUUGCUUCAGGAAAUGGAUGCACUGUCUCAAGGAUUGCAAGCAUAUGCCAAGUCAGAACUCAGGACAACCUUUGUUCCCUUUCCUUUCCCUUAUAAAGGCGGUGAAAAGUGGUCUCGGGAUGGAAUUCACUGUUCUGAAAGGGGCUACAGGCAGUUGGCCGAGUCGCUGGCACCCGUAGUGGAACAAUCGCUACAAGACGCUGGAUUGUGGUAA